UUUUGGGCCUAAUUAAGCCCAGGUACGCCGCGGCCCACCUUGGGUAUCGUCGUCUUCGUUCGCAUCGUGGGUCGCCCUCCCCGUCGCCGCCGCCGCCGCCGCCGCCAUGGCCGAUUCCGCCGACGACGAGCCGCUUGUCCUCCUCGACCGCGCGUCUCGCGCCACCCGCGGAAAGAGGAUUACCAAGCUCCUCGAAGACGAGGCUGAGCAGGACGAUGUUUUCUGGAAUCAGGAUGCGCUCAAGGAGGAAGAAAACGAUGACAACUACGAGGAAGAGCAGGAUGCUGGCGAUGAAUUCGACAGUGAUUUUGGUGAAGACGAGUCGGAACCUGAUGAUGAUGAACCCGAAAAGGAAGUACGCGAGAGAUUACCUAUCAAAAAGCGGCUAAUAUUCCCUGGGAAGACUAUGAAAAAAACCAAUGUCAAGAAGAAGAAGAAGGUGGUCCCAAAGCUAGAAGAUGAUUCCAAAACUGACAAGUCUUCAGAUCAGCAAAGUCCAUCGAAGCAAGCAGACGUUCCCGAUGAAUUGGAGACCGAGAAGACCAUCAGGAAAUCAACUAGAACAUCUGUCAUUGUGAGACAAGCUGAGAGGGAGGCAAUACGUGCUGAGAAAGAAGCAACUAUGAAGCCUAUUAUUAAGAAGAAAAAGGAGGGAGAAGAAAAACGUAUGACGCAAGAAGAGAUGCUUUUGGAAGCAGCUGAAACAGAGAUCAUCAACAUCAGAAAUCUUGAACGUGUCCUGGCAAGAGAGGAGGAGGUUAAGAAAAAAGCUGUUGUUCAUAAAGCUGUUUAUGAGGGUCCUACGAUUCGAUUUUGCUCAAGAGAUGGGGAAUCACACUUGGAAUUCAUCAAUGGGGCAUUGUUUGGGUCUGAGCUUUGUACAACCUCAGCUCCUUAUCCAGAGAAACCUAUUUGUGCUGUAACUGGACUUCCUGCCAAAUACCGUGACCCAAAGACAGGGUUACCAUAUGCAACAAUGGAAGCAUUUAAAAUCAUCCGAGAAAGUUUCCUGAAAGAGGUCGACAAGAAGAGGCCCAAUAUGGCGAACAUGGGAGAGCUGUUUGAAUCAAUAACAGGCGAAUACUCCACGCCCAAGAAGAGAAGAAUUGAAGCAAGAUCACCAAGCAUCUCAGCAGAUCACAGGCACGAAGGACGCUUCCGACGAAUACCUGCCCUUGAUAUGCUGGACGAGGACUGACCGGACAUCUCUUCUGGCUAACUAGAUACUUAGGGCCAGGGCCCUGUUUGGGGAAGCUUUAGAUUCUGAGAAGCAGCUGCUUGGUAGCUACUUCUGAAAAUCUGGAUAAGCUACUAAAACUAGCUUCUCCAGCUUCUGGAUUCAUAGUCUAUUUUCCAUAAUCUAUAACUACUAUAGAUUCUUAGAAUCUAUGAACUGUUUAGGGUAGAUUUUGAUAGAAGCAACUUUUGAAAAGAGCUGCAGCUGAGAAAAGCUCUCCCAAACAUGCCAGUAUUAGUAUGAUGUUGAUUCAGCAUUUGUCA